AUGGGUUCUGCCGAGCGACCCUUCCGCGUCAUCGUCGUUGGCGGUGGUGUGGGAGGUCUUACAGCCGCCCAUACUCUCCACCGGGCCGGCAUUGACUAUGUGGUGUUGGAAAAGGGCCUUGUCGCUCCACCCAUGGGGGCUAGUAUUGGCAUUUACCCCCAUGGCUCUCGGAUUCUAGAGCAGAUUGGCUGUCUAGCCGACGUGGAGGCAGAGUGUGUUUCGCUGGGCAAAAGUCAGAACCUCCUGCCGGACGGGAGAACCAUCUUCAGCAGUGACUUCUUCCAUUACUCGAGGACAUAUCAUGGCUACCCUAUUCCCGUCCUCGAACGACGCCGGUUCUUGGAAAUCCUCUACGAGAAUACCCCCGAUAAGACCAAGAUUCGGUCUGAAACUGCCGUGGUCGAUGUCAUUGACCACGACAAGGGAGUCAAGGUCGUCUUGGCCGAUGGUAGUGUCGAGGAGGGAGACUUGGUUUUGGGCUGCGAUGGCGUGCACAGCAACAUCCGGAACAUAAUGUGGCGCAAUGCCAAUGCUGCUGUCCCUGGCUUGAUCACCACUGCGGAAAAGAAGUCUUUGAUUUGUGACUGGACGGCCCUUGCAGGCUUCAGUCCUACGGUCCCAGGAAUGAGUAACUGCAACAUGACCUGCACUCACUACCCCGGCAAGUCCUUCCUGGUGAUCGGUCAGAAGAAGUACACCUUCUGGUUUGUCUUCUUCAAGAACGAAGAGACUCGCUACUGGCCGAGCUCGCCCCGAUGGACCGCGCAGGACGCCGAAAAGCGAGCUGCGGAGUGUGCUGAUUGCCCGAUCUCCGACACGCAGGUCUUUGGUGAGCUGUGGCGGUCUCGCGUUCGAGGCGACCUGGUCAACGUCGAGGAGGGACUGUUCAAGCAUAUGUACUUCGGUCGGAUUGUGCUUGCAGGAGAUGCCGUCCACAAGAUGACACCGAACAUUGGACUCGGCGGCAACGCCAGCAUGGAGAGCGUCGUCGUUCUCUCGAACCUCUUGCAUCGCGCCGUCCAGGCCCAUUCCAGCGGCAAACCGGACAAGAAGAUGCUUGGGGCGAUCCUCGAGGAGUACCAAACGCUGCGAUAUGAUCGCAUGCAGAAGGUCAUCCACUUCUCCGGGGAGGCCACCCGGCUCCAAGCCUGGGACAGCUUGUACUAUAAGGCAAUGUCGCGUGUUAUUCCGUACCUUCCAGACACGACGUCAGCAAAGAAGACCGGAGAGCUGAUCAAAGCAGCAGCCAAGUUGGAUUACGUUCCGACAUCUCCAGCUCGUAAGGGAACGGUGGCGUGGGAGGACGAAGGACAGCGGGUUUUGGGGGCACACCAAGCGGUGGUGAGCAGCUUCAGACGCUUGAUUCAGAUCCCGGUUGUUCUGCUGUCAUUUGGGUUGUCGUUCUUCUAUCUUUCUGGUAUCAAGUUGUGA